AUGUCCCUCCCAAGCGUGGCGGCGGCGGUGGUUGCCCAGGUGGUUCGCUGGUCCGAGCGGGUGAACACCUGGCGCGAGGCGGAGGCCGACAGCCAGCGGCGCCUCUCAAUCGAGCAGAAGACCCUCCUCGGGGCCUUCUCCACCCUGGACGAGGUCCCGCGGGAGGUGUGGCUGGUGGACAUGCUGCUGACAACCUUCGGCAGCGACAUCGAGAAGUACCGACCGUCGGGCUUUCACCCGGUCACGCGCUUCAACCCCUUCUCUCAAACUGGCCAGGCGGUGGAUGGCCGGUCCGGCGGGCGGGGGAUUCCGCAAGUUCUCCCCGUCGGCGAGCCAGGCCCGGCGGGCGGGCUGGCCUCGCACCUGGGCGUGCCGGGGCUGGCCCAUGCGGAUGCCUUUCCCCUGGUGGACUCGCUGACGGCAUCGGCGGUGGCGGUCAAGCUGGCCUACUUCCCCAUUUGCCUGGCCGAUCGGGCGUGGCCCGAUGCGGCGGAUACGCUGCUGGUGUUGGCGUUCUUGGCAUUCGAUUCGAAGGACCUGGAUGCGGCGCUGCUGUUCACCCGGGCCGCGCGAUCGUGCCUGUUCCGGGGCCUGGCCGACUGCCAGGGCUGGCGGUGUGCAUGCCGGCCGGCGGGCGGGGAUGGCGCCUGCGGCGCAUGCCACAUGCCCGGGUCCCGGGCGGCGGUGGGGCCCACGCCGGCCGCCGCCUGGGACAUGGACCUGGUGCCGGACCACCAGGUUGGCCCGGGGGCCGAGGCCCUGUCGCCGGACUUCUCGCAUUUGCGCUUUUGUGGGGCCUGCGCCAGCCCGUGUCGGUGUGCGGCCGGGCCGCCGGCCGGCCUCGACCCGGGCGACCUGGCCAAGCCGCAGGCGGCCAUGUGGGAAAUUUAUCUGACCGAGAUCACCCUGGGGCUCCUGCAAUUCCGGGCCGGCCAAUUUCCCGAGGCCGAGCGCACCCUCCGGCGGGUGAUCUCGACCCCGGCGGCAGCCGACCCGGUGACCAGUCGCCACCAGCCCUUUCGGCGGUGCUUCACCGGGGCAUCGCGGAUUGAGCUGCAGCACCUGGCGCACUUUGCCCUGGGCCAGGUGUUCCAGUGCAUGGCCAUCAUGCCGGGGGCCGAGCGCCGGCUGGGGAGCCAGCACUUUCGCGAGGUCAAGCAAAAGACGGUCUUUCACGGGGUUCGCGCGUUGAAGAUCAUCACCCAGCAGCUGAAUGAGCCGGGUGGCGCGGGCAGGCAUGCUCUGUCGCCGGACCUGCUGGUCAGCCUGCAGGCGGUGUAUUCCUGUUCCAUCGGCUGGAGCCACCUGAUCACGAACAACCCGGCCGGUGCGCUGGUCAUCUUUGCGCGGGCGCUGCAGUGCACGGCCGGUGCGCGCCAUGCCGGCCCCGGGGCCCUGGAAGCCGACACCGCGCCCGGGCUCACCCGGCGGUAUGUCCUCCAUGCGGAGCAGCUGGCGUGCCUCAGUCUCAGCCGGGCCCUGAACCAGGAGCAGGAUGUGCGCAGCAUCCUUGUGUUCCUUUUGCAUGCCCUGGCCCUGGCCCGGGCGCGCGGCAGCAUCGAUGACAUCCUGUUUUUUGUUCGCGAUAUCGCAACGGUUCUGGCGCGCGUGGAUGCAACGGCCGAGGCGCUGGCAUGGCUGACCUUCGGCCAGGGGAUGGUCCUGUGUUUCUUGUCGUACUUCUUCGAGGAGGCCACCCUCGGGACAUCCAAGUUCGGCAGCCUGCCAUACCUGUGGCACACGGUGUACCCGCUGCACCGGCGAGCGGGCACACGGCCGGGGCCCGGCACGCCGACCGGCGGGGCCAGCUCUCGAGCCGGCACCCAGGCGCCGAUGCGGGUGUGCCUGAGUGCCGGGCAGCUGGCCGCCCUGGCGCACCGGUUUUUCUUCGGCCUCCCGGCCGAGGGGUUUGCCCAGCUGAGCACCUUCCUCGAGGAGCAGGGGGCCUUUUUGCUGCCGGCCGGUGAGCCGGCGCCGGCCGUGCCGGCCACGGCCCUGCGCGCGGCCCUGGCCUCGCACAAUGUGCGUCUCCACUGGGCGGAGCUUGAUGCGGCGGCCAGCCCGCGGCCCGGGCCGCUGGACGAGUAUCUGGAUGGCGUGCUGUCCGGGCAGCGCCUCGGCGGGCGGGAUGGCGGGCUGGCCUUGGGCCCGGCCGACAGGGCCCGGCUGCUGGUGUGGCCGGUGCCGGUGCUGGUGGCCCUCGGGGAUCUGGUGCCGGGGCUGGAAAUCCACUGGCGCCAUGUGAUGAGCCGCCAUCUGCUGGUGCGCGAGCUCCGGCCUCUGAGCCGGCGGCUGCAUUCGUGCCAGGCAUACCUGCGGGACAGCUCGGUUGGCGGGCAUCUGGACUGGCUUCAUGGGCCGCGAACGGCCGAGACGCAUGCCCGCACGCCGGCCCCCUCGGAUGCGCUGAUCCUGGGCAAGACCCUGCGCAGCCGUUUCGACGCGGUGAUGCAGUACUUGGAGUGUCUGUGCCUCCUGGGGCGCGUGGAUGCCGCCAGCGAGCUCCUGGCCACGGCGGCCGAGUGCGUGUCCGACAUCAGCCUCCUGGUACAGCUGAUCCGCCGAGACGUGGCGCAGCGCCGAUUGGCCGGCAUGCGCGCCGGCGGGAGCACAAGCAUGCUCUUUUUCUGCCACACGGACGCCCUGGCCCAGCAAUUUUCCCAGCUGGUGGACGAGAUCAACCCCAAUGGCGCGGAGCGCCUGCGUCUGGAGUGGCUGGCCGGGUGUGUGCUGCUGUCGGCGCCAUCGGCCGGGCUUUCCGGGCCCCAGGCCGCCACGGCGCUCGGGCACCUGGACCGGGUGAUGCUGUUCGCCGGGGCCACCGGCCAGGGCGCAGGGCAGCAGGGGGUGGUGAAUAUCGCGCAGCCGGAGACCCGCCUGCGGUGGCGCCAUCAGGCCCUGGCUCUGCAUGCGCCGCAUUUUCCCUCCUUCUGGACGAGCGAUUGCGAUGGGUCCGCGGACUUCCGCCUGACCCUGGAACUCUUGCGCUUGCAGUGCAUGGGCAUGGCCGAUGUGUCCAUCACCCAGAUUGAGGCCUGCUUCGAGCAGGCACUCGAGCAGGCGCAGCGGGUGUCGCAGUUCGGGGUCGUCGAGCUGCUGGUGCUGCAUGCGCAGCGCGACCUGCGCAACAAGCUGUGCUCCCUGGGAAUGCCGGGGGCCGAGGCCUCGCUGCCGGAAAAGGAGGCGGCAGCGCUGAGGCGCUUGCACCAUCGUGUCAAUGUGCAGAUGCCGGUUGGCGGCCGGCCGCAGCGGGACCUGGCGGCCGGCUUCCGGUAUGUGACGUCGCUGCCCGGCAUGGGGGCAUUCCUGCGGGAGGCCGGGUUCCCGAUGCCGGAGACGCUGCUUUCCCGAGCAGCGGCCCGGCGCCUGGCGCGCAUCCGUCCCGGGGCCGCCAGCCCGGCGACCCCUGGCCCGGUGCGCUCCAUCCGGGACUGGGUCAUGUCGGAGCCGGUGUGCACGGCGAGCCCGUCGAGCUCCGGGGUGGCCUCGCCGGGCUCUGUCGCCAGCCCGGCGGCGGGGCCGGCACUUGGCGUGCCGGCGGCUUCCUUGGCUCGUCUGUCUCCGGGCUUGUCGUCCGGGGCCCUGGCAGGUCCGCUGGCCGGGGCCUCGCCCGGGGCCCCGGGGGUGCCGUUGUCAGGCUCCUCGCCGGGGCUGUCGGCCAGCCCGUGGCGCACGCCCGGCAGGACCCCUCCGCGUGGGGGGGCGCCCACGCGAGCGGCCUCCCUGUCCACCGCCCCGUUGGGUUCUGCGGGGCUGGCUUCGUCGCCGUCGUCGUCGCCGUCGCCAUCGCCAUCGCCAUCACCGUCGUCGAGGUCCGGCAAAGUGGGCUCGGGGCGCAUUCGGUCGCCCUUGGGCCGGUCGUCGAGCCAGCGCACACGCAUAUGGCCUGCGGGCCUCCCGGCCAGUGGCAGCACCCUCGGCGGCGGCGGCGGCGGCGGCGGCGUUCUCAUGGAGGAGGAGCUGGUGGAGGAGGAGGAGGAGGAGCCGGAGGUCGAGGCCGAGGGCGAGGCCUUUGGCUUGCUCGGCACCGACCACUAUGACACGGGCGACGGCUUUGUCGUGGAGGACGAGGAGAUCGAGUUCGAGCCCGGGGUGGCGGCCCAGGAGUUCCGGGAUCUGCGUGGGGCCGGGCGCUUGCGCCAGGGCGAGGCCGUGCGGGCCCUGUUCGCGCACUCCGGCGGCACGCCCUCCAGGCGGGCAGCCUCGCGGGCGGCCGCCACGCAGCACGAGACCCCCCGGCGGCGGGGGCCCCGUUCCCCGAGCCAGGGGUCGCAGUCGGGCCCCGGCUCGGUGGACGGCCGCCGGCAUCGCGCCGUGGGAUCCCCCCAUGCAGGGGCCUCGCCGGAACCGCUGACGCCCGGCGGCCGGCGCCGGCAGCAGGGCGACCUGUUGGAUGGCUCGCCCUCGACGACCUCCAAGCGCCGGCGCACGGCCGGGUCCGGCCCGCGGGCGCUCUUCGACACCGAGGCCACGGCCAGCCCGGGCAUCGAUCGCCACCGGGGGGAAGCCGCCGACGUGGCUCUGUCUGGCAGCUUGGGGCAGGACGCCGGGCAUGUGUCGGAGCCGGCCAAGAGGUGCAAUUCGCCGCGCCCGAAGAAGGCCGCCCCGGAGCAGCAGCAGCAGCAGCAGCAGCAGCAGCAGCCGGUCCAUGAUGCCCCGGUAGACAGGGCCCGAGGUGCCGGCCCGGGCGUGGCCAAUGACCCGGCGAAGCCCCAUCCAACCUACAUGGACCUCGUUACCGGGGGGGUUGUCUCCCGGCGCCGGGUGUCCUCGCGUCGUGUUUUGGCCGCCAGGGCAAGGCAUGCCUCUUUGGCUCCGGGAGCAUGCUCCCCCCUGCCGGCUCCCUCUCCAGCUCCACUGGGCCGAAUCCCGGACUCACGGCCGCAGUCGCCGUCGCCGUCGCCGUCGCCGUCGCCGUCGCCGUCGCAGUCGCAGUUGCACUCUCAGUCGCAGUUGCACUCUCAGUCGCAGUUACACUCUCAGUCGCAGUCGCAGUCGCAGUCGCAGUCGCAGUCGCAGUCGCAGUCGCAGUCGCAGUCUCAGUCGCAGUCUCGGCCUGGAUCGUUGUCGCGGUUGCAGCCGGAGCCGGAGCCAGAGCCCGAACCGGCGCCACCGGCUCCUGGUCUGACGAUUGCGCUGCUGGUGAGCGUGGGCGCGACCUUCGGCUGGCGCUUGGAGUUUACCCUGCCGCGAAAGCCCCUGCAGCAGCUGGCCAGCCUACUGGCCGAGUCGCCGCCGGACCUGCUUGCCGGGGUGGAGGUCAUGCGGGCCGCGUGUGCGGUGAGCCUGGCGCCGGGUGCUGGCUGCUCCGGGGCCUUGGCCGCCUGGCCGGACUUGGUAGGCAUGUGCGCCGAGCGUGUUGGCCGCUUGAUCGGCCGUCAGCCGGUGCUGCCGACGUGCGCCCUGCGCUGCGAUGCCGGGCUGCUGCUCGUGCGGCCGGCGGCCAAGGGCGGCCAUGCGUCCGAGGUGCAUCCGCUGCCCGACUCGCUGGCCGCCGACCCGGGGCUCCCGGUGGCCUGGGCCUGUGCCCUGUGGUGGCUGGCGACCGCAUGGCCCGGGGCCGGCGGCGAUGUGGAUGCCCUGCUGGCUGCCGGCGUGGGGGGCCACUUCGCCGUGGACAUCCCGAUUAUCGGCUGGAAGUGCCAGCCCACGGCCGGUGUGUUCACCGCUCGCCUGACGGACCGCCUGGUGGAGGCGGACAAUUGUCCCUUUGAGGGGACGCUGGCCGGCCGGCCCGGGUAUCCCCGGCUGCCGGCGUCCAUCAGCUCCGUGCUGAGCACCACCCAGGCCAAUGUCCUGCCGUAUCUGGAGCGCCUGGACCAAUUGCUGCUGCAGCGGGCCGGCCCGGUCGGCAAGGCCGCCGGCCCCUGCGCCAGCAGCAUCGUCAAGCGAGUGACCCUCCUGCCCUGCAAGUGGGCGGCCAUUUGUCGGCACUGCCCGGCCGACCGGCCGGGGGUCUGCCUGCAGCCGGUGUCCGUGCUGCUGGACCUGCGGACUCUGAAGCUCGGCGCCCUGGCCGGGGUGGCCCUCCUGGAGGCGCUCGGGACGCUGGGGAUCUGCGCCGACGGGCAGUGCGCCGGGCCGGGCCCCGGCGGGCCUGGCGCCUGCGCCGCCGGCUGCCCCAUCAGGCCACCGGUGUCCGGUGCCCUGCUCAUUUUUUCCCUUUCAAAUAUCGCGCCGGGCUUCCAGCAGGUGCUGGCCGCCACGGCCAAGCCGGCCGAGGCGCCGGUCUUCCUCCUGCCGGAGGUCUUCUACUCGCGGGACCCGACCGAGCCGGCGGCCCCCCAUGUGGAGGGGCUCACGCCGACCGGGCUCCUGGACCCGGGGGCCGGGUGCCCGGAGAUCGCGGUCCCCCAGCCGGCCACGCCGGGCGAGGCCCUCCACGCGCCGGAGUUCAAGCCGUCCUCCGUGCAGGCGGCCUAUGUCGGGGCUCUGGUCCGGCCCGGGGCCAAGUCGCGGCCGGACCUCUUCGCCCGGCCGGACCUCCGGGGGCACCUCUUCAUGGAGCUGGGCCUGGCGGUGCUGGAGAUCUCCUUCUUCCAGCCGGCGGCUCCCGCGGAGAGGCCCUAGACGCUGGUCCCCCCCCCCCCGCCGCCCGGCCGCGAGCGUUGGCACUCGGCUGUCCCCGCCGCGCCAGAUCGCCCUGGCUGGUAGAUCUCUCGCUGGUUGGUGGUUUCCUUUUGUGGCCUCCAACUCCGGGGGCUUCUCGUGUCUGGCCCCGGGCCUCGGGGGGCCGGAUGUGCCGGAUGUGCCGGAUGUGCCGGG